AUGACCCCUAUACGUAAAUCUAAUCUAAUUAUAAAAAUAAUUAAUCACUCCCUUAUUGAUUUACCCACCCCAUCAAAUAUUUCUGCAUGAUGAAACUUCGGUUCCCUUUUAGCAACUUGUUUAAUAUUACAAAUUAUUACUGGUCUAUUUCUAGCAAUACACUACUCACCAGACACCUCCUCUGCCUUCUCCUCAAUCGCCCAUAUCACCCGAGACGUAAACUACGGCUGAACCAUCCGCUACCUCCACGCUAAUGGUGCCUCUAUAUUCUUUAUCUGCCUAUUUCUACACGUAGGUCGAGGAUUAUAUUAUGGCUCAUUUCUUCUUGUUGAAACUUGAAAUAUUGGCAUCGCACUACUAUUCAUAAUCAUAGCAACAGCCUUUAUAGGGUACGUACUCCCAUGAGGACAAAUAUCAUUCUGAGGUGCCACAGUAAUUACAAACUUACUAUCGGCAAUUCCAUAUAUCGGGACUAACAUUGUUCAAUGGGUUUGAGGUGGGUACGCCAUUGAUAACCCAACACUUACACGAUUCUUCACCCUCCACUUUACCCUACCUUUCAUUAUUGCAGCCUUUACAACCCUCCACCUACUUUUCCUACACGAAACAGGAUCCAAUAACCCCUGCGGAAUUCCCUCCAACCCCGACAAAAUCCCCUUUCACCCCUACUAUACAAUCAAAGACAUCCUAGGUUUAACCUUUCUACUCCUCACUCUAAUAGUACUAGUAUUAUUCUUACCCGACCUUUUAAGUGACCCAGACAACUAUACACCAGCUAAUCCACUAAACACCCCACCACAUAUUAAACCAGAGUGAUACUUCUUAUUCGCAUAUGCAAUUCUACGAUCCGUUCCCAACAAAUUGGGAGGAGUAUUAGCACUCCUCAUAUCCAUCCUCAUCCUAGCUAUUAUCCCCGCACUCCACAAAUCCAAACAACAAAGUAUAAUGUUCCGCCCAUUCAGCCAGUUUCUACUAUGACUUCUAGUCACAAUUCUACUAACCCUAACCUGAAUUGGGAGCCAACCAGUAAACCAACCCUUCAUUAUAAUCGGACAAAUAAUAUCCAUAAUAUAUUUCACUACAAUUCUAAUUCUAAUACCACUGGCCUCCCUAACUGAAAAUAAUCUUCUCAAAU